AUGUCGCCGUUCGUUAUCAAACUGGAGUCGUAUCUGAGACUGGCUGACAUCCCAUAUAAGGUGGACUUCGACGAGCCCCUGGGUCCGAAAGGGAAAACCCCCUGGGUGACCAUAAACGGGAAGGACCUGGCAGACUCUCAGCUAGUGAUAGAGAACCUCGGGAAGGAGUUCGGGAGAGAUACGAGUACCCACCUGACGGCUGAUCAGAAAGCCAUCGCUAGGGCCUUCACCGUCAUGAUGGACGAACAUCUCAUAUGGGGUUUGAGGGUGUGGCGCUAUGACACUGACAAGUGUGCGGGGUUUGCCGAAUGCAUGGAAGGCGUUCCCGCCUUUUUAAAGCUCGCGAUGCCUCUUUACCGCAAGAAGAUGAUGAAUGAUCUCUGGCACCAAGGAAUGGGACGACACACGUUUUCAGAGGUUGUCGAUAUCGUCAGGAAAGAUUUGACUGCUCUGUCAAACCAGCUGGGUGAAAAUCCUUACCUGAUGGAUUUAAGUAACCUUGAAUCCUACGUGAGGAGGCUAAGGGAGCAACUUUGGCCAGACUGGGGACUGUGUCUUCAGCCACCAAAGUACUAG